CCGCAGCGGGAGCUCGCCCGGGCGAGCGCUGGGAGGCGGCGGCUGAGCCGUGGCCAUGGAGCUGCUAAAGCCAAACCGGAGCGUGCUGGGAUCCGGACACGGGCCGGGGGCUUCGCUGUGCCGCCCAGGGGGCCCCCUCCUCAACGGCAGCGGCACCGGCAACCUCAGCUGUGAGCCCCCACGCAUCCGCGGAGCCGGGACACGAGAACUGGAGCUGGCCAUUAGGGUCACCCUCUACGCUGUGAUCUUUCUGAUGAGUGUUGGAGGCAACGUGCUCAUCAUCGUGGUCCUGGGGCUGAGCCGCCGUCUGAGGACCGUCACCAAUGCCUUCCUGCUCUCACUGGCAGUGAGCGACCUCCUGCUGGCUGUGGCUUGCAUGCCCUUCACCCUCCUGCCCAAUCUCAUGGGCACAUUUAUCUUCGGCACAGUCGUCUGCAAGGCGGUUUCCUACUUCAUGGGGGUAUCUGUGAGCGUGUCCACGCUAAGCCUCGUGGCCAUCGCCCUGGAGCGAUACAGCGCCAUCUGCCGACCACUGCAGGCGCGCGUUUGGCAGACGCGCUCCCACGCGGCUCGUGUGAUCAUAGCCACGUGGAUGCUGUCCGGACUGCUCAUGGUGCCCUACCCAGUGUACACGGCCGUGCAGCCAGCGGGGCCUCGUGUCUUGCAAUGCAUGCACCGAUGGCCCAGUGCGCGGGUUCGCCAAACCUGGUCGGUACUGCUGCUCCUGCUCUUGUUUUUCGUGCCUGGGGUGGUUAUGGCGGUGGCCUACGGGCUUAUCUCCCGUGAGCUCUACUUAGGGCUUCGCUUUGACGGUGACAGUGACAGCGAGAGCCAGAGCCGGGUCGGAAGUCAGGGAGUGCUGCCCGGUGGCACGGGACAAGGUCCUGCCCAAGCGAACGGACGUUGCCGGUCUGAGACCCGGCUGGCGGGUGAGGACGGCGACGGCUGUUACGUGCAGCUUCCGCGCUCCCGGCCUGCGUUGGAGAUGUCUGCGCUGACCGCGCCCACGCCCGGCCCAGGAUCCGGCACCCGGCCUGCCCAGGCCAAGCUGCUGGCUAAGAAGCGCGUGGUGCGGAUGUUACUGGUGAUCGUUGUGCUUUUUUUCCUGUGUUGGUUGCCCGUGUACAGCGCCAACACGUGGCGCGCCUUCGACGGGCCCGGCGCACAUCGCGCACUUUCGGGUGCGCCCAUCUCCUUCAUCCACUUGCUAAGCUACGCCUCUGCCUGUGUCAACCCCCUGGUCUACUGCUUCAUGCACCGUCGCUUUCGCCAGGCCUGCCUCGACACCUGCACCCGCUGCUGUCCCCGGCCUCCGCGGGCUCGCCCCAGACCUCUGCCGGACGAGGACCCUCCCACCCCCUCCAUCGCCUCGCUGUCCAGGCUGAGCUAUACCACCAUCAGCACGCUGGGGCCUGGCUGAGGGGUGGAGCGGGAGCGGGGCUGAGGCAGGACAGACGGAUUCCGACCCGCUCAGCCCCGUCCAAACACACAAGAGACGCAGACCAGCUGACGCGAGAGACUGACUAACCCCAACGGCCAGGAAAGGGUGGCUUACCUGACUCUAAGGAAACAAACCAGACCCUCACACAGGAAAGGAGGCACUCAGUGAGGGACUGAGCCCGGCACACAGACUUGGCACUGACCUUGCACAGACCCAGCGUCCCUAGCCGUGGACUGUCUCCACACUGUGGAAACCAACGGGGGCUGACCUGCCUCUCACACAUAUAGCAGUGGCAUUGAGUCUUUCAGGGCUCUGGAGCCUGGCACAGGAAUGACUCCUGAGAUGCUCCGCUCUGCCCCUCAUUUGACCUCACAGUGCCCUUCCCCAAUCAGUGCUGCAAACACCAACCUGCCUAAUCUCACACUUCCCGGACCAACAAGCUGUUUUGCACUAAGUCCCUUCAUUCCUUUCCAGUUAAAUGCUAUCGGCCUGCCCCUCACCGGACUUUUUCAAGAAAUAAUAAAUGACUUGGUUUCCCCCUCAAUUUCCUUUUUGGACUUUUCUGGGGCACGUGAGGGGGUACGGGAUUUGGGAGUCUUCUCUGUCAGGUCCCUCCCCCUGCUGCUCACUCCUGUGCAUGACCCCCUGCCAAAAAGCGCGUGGUCUGAGUCUAGAUGAGGCUGUGUGAA